AAAUACGAUGGCAUUCAAGUGUUUUUCUCGAAUGUCUUGAAUGGGAAUGUUAUGUACAAAAAUGGCAAACAAUGGAAGUUUGAUGUCGGAAAAAGAAUUAUAACAAUGGAAACACUUACAUAUGGAAAGGACAACUAUAACAAGACCAUAAUCAAUAGAUUUGGUGUCUCUGGUAACGAGUGUGAGAUCAAAUAUCAGCCCGGAAGCAAUACCACAAUUAUGACCAUCUGUUCCGAUGGCAGUGAAGACAAUACCUCUCAAUACGAUCCCAAAGCUAAAGAAAAUGAGGCCUUAAGGAAGACAUUAUCAGAAAAGCAGUCAUUAAAACAGUCCAAAGCCUUACUAAAGACUCCGCAGUCGAGACUGACUGAUAGGUCCGCUGUUAAGACAUCAGUGGUUGAAACCAAGAGAGAAACCGCUACUCAAAAACCAAAUACUAAUAGUCCCACAAAAAACCGAAAGACUGUGAGUCCGGACAAGACUUCGCCUAAGACUGUGAGUCCGGACAAGACUUCGCCUAAGAGUCGGUCCCCGAAAUAUUUCAUGUAUAGUAAAGGCUAUGAAUGGAACAUUGGUUUCGGGAAUAAUGACUUCGACCAUAAAGGAUUUAUUGGCACUUAUUACGACCGAAACAUAAUCAAAAGAUUUAGUGGAAAUGGUGUCGACUGUUAUGUCAAAUAUCAGUCCGGAAACACCGGCGAUGUUGUGACCAACUGUACUGAUGGCAAGACUAUCAACAACAUCGACGCCGACUCUCAAUACAAUCCCAAAGGUCUCAUAUUCCGGGCGAAUAAGAGAGACGACAAUUGGCUUAUCGUUUACAACAAAACUGUUGCAAACAUUUGGUGUUAUUCUCCGAACAAAAGCCCAAACGAUAGACUCGUGAAGAAUGAGACCAAAUGUCGGGCGAAUGUGAAUCAAAGCAAACUAUUUGUCGAUUCCAUGGAUCCAUUGCGUCGGAAGGAUAUCGAGGCUGUCGUCGACAUCGCCAUUGGAAAUAAAAUCUUCGUUUACUACAUAUUUUUCAAUAUAAACGGCAAACCCAUGUAUUGCUCACAAAGUCUCGGCGGCUCUGAAUGCAAUUCAAGUUUGAAAUACUUGCUACCGGAGUGUUUCCCACCGCCGCCCACAGCGGCGCCCACUGAUCUCGCAUUGUGGGCCAAAAUCCUCAUUGGUUUGGGAGUUGUUGGCCUUGUCUACGGUGCCAUCUUUGUAUAUGAAGAUGAAGACGAAGAGACCGCGAGUCAGCACUCAAACAACGGUGACGCGCAGCCCAAUGAUCCGCCACCACAACAACCAAACGCUCCAGUGAAUGUACCUCCGGGUCGGGGUCGGAGUAGGGGUCAACCGCCUCCUCAGAACCAAGGGCUCGUGACUACCGAUACAAUCACAGAAUUAACAACAAUCACAGAUAAGGCAAUCACUGAUAAGUUAGAUCCGACCAGAGAUGCAGACCAACCACAGCAACACUCGCGAGUUGCCAGACAUCAGACGGACAAACCGGUGGACACAACACAACGCGUAACCGAUAAACAGAGUCAGACGGACAACGGUUACGACAAACCGGACGUUUCCGACCAGAAUGUCGACGAAAUUACCGCACAGACAGACCUCUACCACAGGACCACCAAAACAACGCUCGACACCAACAAGAGAUACACCAUUGAUAAUGACAGGUCAGACCAGGACUUGAGCACAUCCGACGUCAAUACUGUUACCAAUGGUCGUAUUGUCACCAAAUGUACGGAUGACAUACAGGGAGACACAGAGUCUCAAUACGAUCCCAAAGCUAUCAUAUUUAGGCCGUCGACAUAUAUGGCCAACCCUUGGGUCUUAAUUUAUAGCCAAAACAAAUCGUUUCCCAAUAUAUCGUGUUAUUCACCGAAAGUCAUUGACACUCCAAGACUAGUGAACGAUAGGACCAAAUGUUGGAAAUUAGCAGAAAUUGAGUCACUAUUUCUGGAUUCGAUGGAAGAUUCGCUUAAGAAGAGCAUUGAAGAAAAGCAGUCAAUAAAACAAUCUAAAGCCUUACUAAAGAUACCGCAGUCGAGACUGACUGAAAAGUCCAGUGUUAAGACACCAGUGGUUGAAACCAAGAGAAGAACCGCUACUCAAAAACCAAAGACUAAAAGUCCCACAAAAGACCAAAAGACUGUGAGUCCGGACAAGACUUCGCCUAAGACUGUGAGUCCGGACAAGACUUCAUCUAAGACUCGGUCCCCGAAAGUCAAGAAUUAG